UGUUUCUAAUCUACACAACACAAUGAUAAAGAUUACAUAAAGAUGCAGACAUAAAAAUCACGCUGACACAGCAGAAAUACAUAGUUUAAAAUGUAAAGUGUGAAAAACCAAGUUUCUUCAAAUAAGAGUCUAUUUUUUAAUUAUUGAUUGGUCAUUUAUUGUAGUAAUAAAAAUGUUUUUUCUAGAUUUUUUUUCUUUGCGAAACAAUCGAUUUGUUGAUCCCGUCUUCGAGUACUAUACAUAAGUCAGUGUAUGUUGUUUCAAAUACUUGAAAUAUUUUUAGAUCUCUAUUCAUUGGAAUUGGAAGGGACACAACAACUUAUUACCAAUCGACAGAAACGACAAAACGCCAGAUGAUAGUACUUUUUUUCAAAGUGCUCAAGGUCAUUGGUACAGUCAAGUUACAUCCCCGUCAGCUUCGGUUUAUACCACCAAUGUAAACAUGACUCUGACGUCGACACCUUCCAGAAGGACAACUGAUGAUGGCAUCAAUCGAAGUAGCUCACAGUCGAAUUCAAAAUCUUUUCAAGUACAUACAUCCACCAGAGAAUGGUUACCAGCUGCUAUUUCAACACCACUUUAUGUAGUGUCUUCGGCAACAAUGCAUUCUUUGGAAGAUGAAGAAAAUGAAUUGUUCGACAAGAUAAGGCAAUUGAUUCGAGACUUUACACAACGACCCAAUCGACAAUAUCCAUUAUCUCGAAUCAUUAAAUGGACUAUCGAUGAACUACCCAAAGUAGAACAUGUUAUCGUUGUUGUCAUUAAUCGACCAGCCUUUGCUCUAUGA